GUGCACAUACGCUUAUAGCUUGGGGAGAUAUUAUAGCGGAGGGAAACGUUGUAUUUUCAUUAAUAAAAUAGUGCACGUUCUACAGAAAAUAUCUGCAAUUUAACGGUUUAACGGAAAAAAGAGAGAAAGUAAAGCUAACUGAGUCCUCGCGUGAUUUCACAUUUCCGGAAGUUGAAGCGGCAUGAGAAAGAGCUGUCCGAGGUGCUGACACUUGCUAGAUUUGGGUAAAUAUGGAUGAACCUACGAAGUCAUCUGCUGGUUUAACCACCUCCCACAUUUCCAGCAGCAGCAACACUUCUAGCUGUAUAUCUAACAGUGCUCCAAAAUGCAACGGGGUCCCAGAGAGGCGGACCCUGCUACGGGUGUCUGAGUCUCAUGGACUGCAGCUGCUGAAAGUGCUUAAAUCUUUCAGGGAACAAGGCUUGCUGUUUGACUUCACCAUCAAAGUCCAGGAACACAGCUUCCCCUGUCAUCGCUGUGUUCUUGCAGCAUGUAGCGAUUUCUUUAGGGCUAUGUUCGAGGUAGACAUGCGAGAGUGUGGUGAUGGUUCAGUAAUGCUGAGUAAUCAGUGUCCAGUGGCUGUGGGUUCUUUCCUGGACUUUGCAUACUCUGGAGAGGCACUCAUCACUGAUAGCAAUGUAGACAUGCUGUUUCAGCUUGCUACUUUUCUGCAGAUUUCUGUCCUUUCCAAAGCAUGCAGUGACUUUCUAAUCAGCACCAUGGAUCUUUGUAACUGUCUGUCCCUGUUAUCCCUGGCUGAGGCAUAUGGCUCAGUCUCUCUCCUUAAUAGUGCCAAUGAGUUUGUGGUUCAGAACUAUUCUGAUCUUUCCCAAACCCAGGACUUCUUGGACAUACAGGUAAAUAUCUUGGAGGCCUGCUUAAGGUCAGAUGCUCUGAACGUGUCCAGUGAAGCAACAGUUGUGAUGUCACUUCUCAGAUGGAUUCGUCACAAUCUGGCUGAAAGACAGAAGCUGCUACCAAGCUUGUUGUCUCUGACCCGGCUGCACCACUUGCCUGCAUCUGCACUAAAAGCUCUGCGCAAUUCUGAUACUCUCCUCUGUGAUGAGUCCUGUCUUGCACUGUUGUCAGAGGCUCAGUGCAGACAGAUUCAGUACAAUGGCCUACUCACUGAUGCCAGACCUGCCACCACUCAAACCUACAUCUACACCCACAAGACAGAGGAAAAUGGUGAGAUCCGCCACACCUUCUGCUACUGUCUGGAAACGGAUCAGUGGAAAGAACUGGGAACAGUGCGUGGAGAGGAAACAGCCUCUAUGCCAGAUCCACCAGGAUCUUACCUUACCAGUUAUGCUGAAAAGAUCUUUGUCACCGGUGGUUGUCGAGGAAACUGUUGCCGGGCAAUUCGCCUCCAUGUGGCUGAACCAUAUCACAAUGCCACAGAUGAAGUCUGGUGUUUCUGCCCUGUGACCUUGACCUGCACACCUGCACCAGUCAUGUUGAAGCCCAGAACCAUGCACACAGCUAUAACCUGCCUGGACAGAGUGUAUGUCAUUGGGGGAAGGACCAAAGGAUCGAGAGGGGAGGCCGACAAUCUGCUGGAGGUGGAAUAUUAUAACCCUCUAACUCAAAUCUGGUCCUCUGUCAGCCCACUGCCCACUGCUAUCUUCUACCCAGAGGCCAGUGCAUGUGGCAGUGUAAUCUACACACUGGGGUCAGAGGUGGAGAUCACAGACUCUUUUAAUCCUUCACUUGACUGCUUCUUUCGCUAUGAUGCCCAACAAGACCAGUGGAGCCGACUGGUUGCAGAGUUUGGCCAGUUCUUCCAUGCUACACUGGUUAAGGCUGUGUCAAUCAAUAAUACUCUCCACCUCUGUGACCUGUCCACUUAUAAGGUUUAUAGUUUUUGCCCAGAAACGUGUGUGUGGAAGGGUGAAGGGUCAUUUGAAUGUGCUGGGUUCAACGCUGGAGCUGUGGGCACGAAAGACAGAAUCUACAUUCUGGGAGGAGAUUACUCACCUGACGAGAUCACUGAUGAAGUUCAGGUGUACUACAGUGGGAGGAGUCAAUGGGAGGAAGUGGCUCCCAUGCCCAGAGCUCUCACCGAGUUCCACUGCCAGCUAAUUAGCUUCAACAGAUACAUAGAUCCAUGGGGUGACACAGAAUGAUACCCAGCAGACAUGCUCAACAUGCAAAGAGAUGUUUGGUGUUUGUGUGCAUGACUCUCCCUUGUCUUUUUAACCUGUACACAUCGCAGGCAGCUUACACCGGAAAAGAGCAAUAAUAAGAAUUAGUCUUCAUCUAACCCUAAGCCUCAUUUCAGAAAUCAUCACAAAAGCUCCUGAGCCAACAGAGUUAUUUGUUUUUUCAUUUCAAGUAAAUUUGAUCCUUAUGUGUGAA